UCUCAAGUAAAAAUAAACGAAAAAUGUCAUUCCACUUUGUUUUCGUGAUCUGUGUUUUUAUCGUCCUUGCUCAGGGAACCCAUAUAACGCAAGUGGAACCUGUAUUCUCGGUGGAAGCUCAUUCUGCUGGGGAUGUUUCAUCAGGAGCUGCCAUUACUUUCCCCGAAGUGCGACCAGCCCCUGGAUCCCAGGCUAAAUCACCAGCUGUUCGCCCAGUUGCUCCUCGUCUUGUGGCUACUCCUGGUCGUCGCCAAACUGGAUCCAACUCUCGUCCUGCUGUCGGCGGUGGAGCUAAUUAUGCUCAUAAUCGCAAUAGGAUUACAAAACCAUACUAA